CUGUUGUUGUGCAGCUGUUGUGUACACACCUUUUGUCCGAUAAGAAACAGUUUUGUGUUGUGUGAUCUUACCUAUUAAACUUAAUACGUAUAUUUUAUUGGCCUAUUCCAAAAAGCUUGCAAUAAACUGAAUGUGAAUCGACUGCAAACGUGCACAAACUUAGCACGACGCUUGCAUAAUCAUGAGUUACGAGGAUGAAGAUUAUCAUGUGGAUUCAUUCCCCAAAGACUUCGGUUAUGGUGCUUACGACCAGGAUGGGCUAGAGCUGGAACCGAAUUCGUCGAGCAACAGUGAGACGAAACCUCGCAUAUUGUUGAUGGGUUUGCGGCGCUCAGGCAAAAGUUCAAUACAGAAAGUCGUCUUCCACAAGAUGUCGCCCAAUGAGACGCUCUUCCUUGAAUCCACCAGCAAAAUUGUCAAAGACGACAUUAAUAAUUCUAGCUUUGUGCAGUUUCAAAUUUGGGAUUUCCCAGGUCAGAUUGAUUUCAUUGAGCCGACAUUUGAUUCGGAAAUGAUUUUUGGUGGAUGUGGAGCGUUGGUAUUUGUGAUCGAUGCCAAGGAUGAUUAUAACGAGGCUUUGACCAAGUUCAAGAACACGGUUAUCAAGGCCUACAAAGUCAAUCCUCGCAUCAAGUUCGAGGUCUUCAUACACAAGGUUGACGGUAUUAGCGAUGAUUCGAAAAUGGAAUCACAACGCGAUAUACACCAACGUUCCUCGGACGACCUCAGCGAGGCGGGUCUCGAUCAAAUUCAUCUCAGCUUUCACUUGACUUCGAUCUAUGAUCACUCAAUAUUCGAAGCAUUCUCGAAGGUUGUGCAAAAACUAAUACCACAGCUCCCAACGCUAGAAAAUCUACUAAACAUUUUUAUACCAAACUCGGGCAUUGAGAAGGCGUUUCUCUUCGAUGUGGUAUCUAAAAUUUACAUUGCGACAGAUUCAUCACCAGUUGACAUGCAAGCUUACGAGCUAUGCUGCGAUAUGAUUGAUGUAGUCAUUGAUCUGUCCAGCAUUUAUAGCUCCGAGGAAACUGCCUUUGACAGCGGCAGUUCUAGUCUCAUCAAACUGAACAACAAUACAAUACUCUAUCUGCGAGAAGUCAACAAAUUUUUAGCUCUUGUCUGUUUACUGCGAGAGGAAAACUUUAAUCGACAAGGCGUCAUUGAUUACAACUUCAUUUGCUUCCGUGAUGCUAUAAGCGAGGUGUUUGAAUUGCGACUGAAGCGUCAAAAAAUGCUUGAGAAUGUCGACCAAGAUGAUGAUGAGCUAGUCGACGAUCAUGGCAUAACAAUUGGUUGCUCGAACCAUGAAAAUGAUUCAACUGUUGUAUCGAGAGCGCCUAAAAUUGCAUGAGUAUAAAAUCCAGCAACUUGGAUAUCGUAUAUAUUUUCACAUGCACACAAAUCAUAUAUAUCUAAAUUGGAAUAUCAUUUAUAAGUUUUGUCAUCGCUUUUUUAUUAUCAAAUUUUUAUGUUUUUUUUCUUCUAUAUAUCUUUGUUCUAUAUUGUUAAAUCAUUUGUUUAAUCGCUCUGCAGUUGUAUUUAACGUGAAAAACAAAUUGCCUAGCGCUUACAUUAACUACACAUAAUAAUAUGUAUAUUUUUUAAUAAAAAUUAUAUAAAACUAAA